UAAACCAACUAACAAAGCAUAAAAGGCAAAGGUUUCUAUUUGGACUCUCAUUGGCACUUUUUCACUUUUAAAGAAAACAGGGAAAGAGAAGGAAAGGCUCUCAGCAAUUCCCAUCAAUCUCUACUCUUUUCGCUCACACAUAAUUUCUUCAUGCACUUUCGUCUUCUCCUUCACCAUCCUCCUCUGAGGGUUGCCGCGCGUACUCCUCACGCGCUGCCUUUCUCUACUAUAAAGUCCCGCUUCUACCGCUGCCUCGGCCUUGAUCCUUAUUACUAGACAGAAUCAUUUCCAUCUCCAUAUAUCUCUCUCCUUGUCUCUGUAUUUUUCUUUUUCUUUUGUUGAAAGGGUUUUGUCAAAAACAUAGAGGAGCUAGAGUGAGAAAAAAAAUGACGAAGAAGAAGAUGGGGAUGGAUUCUCACUGUCAUUCUUCUCAUGGUGAGUCUCAGAAGAAGAGGUUGCUGAUAACGGUGAAUGUUCUGGGAAGUGCAGGACCCAUGAGGUUUGUGGUGAGUGAGGAUGAUCUCGUUGGUUCAGUGAUUGAAUAUGCUCUUAAAUCUUAUGCUCGAGAGGGACGACUCCCCGUUCUUGGUACGGACUCCGACCGUUUCUUUCUCUACUGCGCCAACUCCGGAUUUGAUCCAUUAAAUCCUUCGGCAAAGAUAGGAUGUGGAGUUCGGAAUUUUAUGCUUUGCAAGAAGCAGAGGCAGCUUCAGCUGACAGAUAGGAAGGCAUCGGACCUAAUUGCUCAGAAGGGAAUCAGUUGCUGGAAGGCCUGGCUUAAUAAUCCCUUUACUUCUAAGUUGAUGUCCCACUGAUAUGAUAUAUAAAUAUAUUACCUCAAUAAUUUUCAAACACUUGAAAAUUCCAUUCUCACAACUUACAUGAUAAAAGCCUAAUUUAAUGUAAGGACAAUAAUACUAAUUAUGUGAGACAAUAUUGUAGUGUUUAAAGGAUAUGUUCUUCUUGAAUAAUCUUAAUUUGCUGAAGAGUUCAUUACCUGUGGAACCUUCUUGGAAUUUAACGGGACAACAAGAAUAAUAUUACUUAUAUAGACUCUAUAGUUUGAAAGAGUUUA